AUGUGAGUCCCAAAUUGAUAAAGGGCAUUAUCGCCCAACUGAAAACUACAGGCCAGCGUAAACUUGCCUACUGUUCUUAUACGGAUACGGUUCCGACUCAGAUUACCUUUCCCCCUUUUCUUUCUGCCAUUCAAACCCCUGCAUAUGCAAAACCUCCCUCAGUUUAAUUUUUAUAUUAAAUUUACAGCUUCAUUUUCUCAUUUUUGCCCUUUGAUUUUCCGCUUCUGCUUCUUUUCCCAGGCUCUGGCUUUAUUUAUACCAAGCCUAAAGGUAGACUUUUUAUCUUCGUAUGUAAAAAUCUUUUCCCUCCUCUCACAAUACCCAGUAUAUGUAAAACCCAGAGAAGAUAUCACCUUGUUUGUCGGUUUAUACUUGGCUGUAAUGUGGAGACAAGUUUAGGAUUUUUCGUAGAAAACGAUGCCCGGUCUUAUUAUGGAUGAUAAUAAAGAAGAAGCAGAUAUGAAUGAAGUGAAUGGGACUUCAUCACAUAUUAAGGAAAAUGUGGUUUUGAAUAAGUCCCCUAAGAGCGCAAGACCGCAAAGCCUUCGUGGUGCAGAAUCUGCUAGUCACCUCAAUAAUGGGAUGAAUCAGGCUGACACCUCCAUUGAGCAGCUUUACGAGGAUGUGUGUGAUAUGCAGAGUUCUGAUCAGUCACCCUCAAGGCAGAGCUUUGGAUCAUAUGGUGAAGAGUCUAGGAUUGAUUCGGAAUUGUGCCAUCUUGUUGGAGGAGAGAUGAGAGAAGUUGAAAUAAUGCAAGAAGAUAUAGAUAAACCAGAAGAUGAUAGUAAUAGUAAUUCCUCUUCUAAGAAGGGAGGCUCGUCUAGUGGUAAGAAGUCAGGGUUGUUGGAGAAGAGCCAAUCUGCAAGUGCAAAAUCCAUUUCUCCAGAUCAUGUCAAGAAAUCGUCUCAAUCACAAACGGUCUCUGAAGUAUCAACAAAACUCAGUCUUAAGGGAAAAAGUCCACCUGAGAAACCUCCCAUUAACAAGCGGAACAAUAAGAUUCUGAAGAAAUCAAACACAGGAAUUGUAUCCAUGAAGAAAGAGAAAGGGUCGAAGUUACAAAAUGGAACUGAGGAUGCUUCCGAGUCAUGGUUAGGUAAUCCUGAUCUUGGACCAUUUUUACUCAAGCAAGCUAGAGAUUUGGUUUCUGCAGGAGACAAUCCCCAGAAAGCUCUUGAAUUGGCACUUCGAGCGGCAAAAUCAUAUGAACUUUGCGCCAAUGAGAUACCCAACUUAGAACUGGUCGUGUGUUUGCAUGUUACUGCAGCAAUUUAUUGCAGCUUAGGCCAGUACAAUGAGGCAAUUCCUCUUCUUGAACAAUCAAUUGAGAUUCCACUGAUUGAGGAAAGCCAGGAGCAUGCCCUCGCUAAAUUUGCUGGUCAUAUGCAGUUGGGUGACACUUAUGCAAUGUUAGGAGAGCUUGAGAACUCAAUAACUUGUUACUCCACUGGCCUUGAAGUCCAGAAACAUGUUCUUGGAGAAACAGAUCCCAGAGUUGGUGAGAUCUGCAGGUAUUUGGCUGAAGCUCAUGUGCAGGCAUUGCAAUUUGAUGAAGCUCAGAGGCUAUGUCAAAUGGCUCUUGACAUUCACAGAGAAAAUGGUUCAUCAGCUGUUCUUGAAGAGGCAGCGGAUCGGAGGCUCAUGGGUCUCAUAUGUGAAACAAGGGGAGACCAUGAGGCAGCUUUGGAACAUCUUGUUUUAGCCAGUAUGUCCAUGGUGGCAAAUGGCCAGGAGGCAGAAGUGGCUUCUAUUGAUUGCAGCAUUGGAGAUGCAUACCUAUCUUUGUCUAGGUAUGAUGAGGCUGUUUUUGCCUAUCAGAAAGCGCUCACAGCUUUUAAGACAACCAAAGGAGAGAAUCAUCCAGCAAUUGGAUCAGUUUUUGUCCGGUUGGCUGACUUGUAUAACAGGACAGGGAAAUUAAGGGAAUCAAAAUCAUACUGUGAGAAUGCUCUCCGAAUCUACGAAAAACCCACGCUUGGGAUUCCUCCAGAAGAAAUUGCAAGUGGCCUCACAGAUGUUUCUGCAAUCUAUGAAUCAAUGAAUGACCUUGAUCAGGCAAUCAAGUUGCUACAGAAGGCCUUAAAAAUAUACAAUGAUUGCCCUGGUCAGCAAAGUACAAUUGCUGGAAUUGAAGCACAGAUAGGAGUAAUGUAUUACAUGCUGGGGAACUAUUCAGAAUCUUACAACUCCUUCGAAGGUGCCAUUUCAAAGCUACGUGCAUGUGGACAGAGGAAAUCUGCCUUCUUUGGCGUUGCUCUCAAUCAGAUGGGGCUAGCUUGUGUCCAAUGCUACGCUAUACAUGAGGCUGUCCAGUUGUUCGAAGAAGCCAAGAGCAUAUUGGAGCAAGAGUGCGGACCAUACCACCUUGAUACACUUGGUGUUUAUAGUAAUCUUGCAGGCACUUAUGAUGCAAGUGGCAGGUUGGAUGAUGCCAUUGAAAUAUUGGAGCAUGUUGUUCAAAUGAGAGAGGAAAAACUUGGGACUGCUACUCCUGAGGUUUAUGAUGAGAAGAAAAGGUUAUCUGAAUUACUAAAAGAAGCUGGAAGAGUUCGGAGCAGGAAAGCCAGAUCAUUAGAAACCCUUCUCGAUGCCAACCCUCAUAGUUUAAAUGGUGAAGGAAUUAAGGUGUGAUAAGGAAGAAUUUAUGUAUUUAUGAUUGAAGAUAGUGUAUUAUAGGACCCAUUAAAAUGACAGAAUGGAAGAAAAGAAAAUAAAAAAAAUAGAAUUUUUUAUUGGCUUGGGAAGAAUAUAAAGGGCGGUUGGGACUUGGGAGGGAUGAAAUAAUUAUCUGGAGAUUUUGCUGUACUACUUGUUGUAAUCCUAUAUUGAUUGAAGGUUGCUUUUAAUUAUAUUCUAAUAAUUUGUGAUGUUAUUUCUAUAAUAAAAUCUCUUUAUGCUUAGUGUGAUCA